CACAGAUAGCAGGAUUGUGUCUGGAGUAGGAAGGAAGGACCGCACAAGAACAGAAAUGUACUGUCGGGGACUGACAUUUUGAGAUUUUACUGUGAUAAUAAGUUGUUUAAAGUAGGCUAUGUGCAACUUGUGAGCGCCCUGCCUCUUUUUUUUUUUUUUUUGCGUUCAUCAGCUGCAUCGUGCAAGUAAGUGCGCGCGUCUGAUCCACACAGUCGUCUCCUCUCCUCUCCGGAUUCAUGUGGAUUAUUGUGGCGUUUGUUCUGGCAGCGGCCGGGCCUGAUGGAAGCUGGGGAUGUCAACUGCCCCACGACUGGAGACCUCAGACAGAAGCGUGCCGUGCCGAGCUGGCGGAGAUCAUUGUCUUUGCCAAGGUGUUGGCACUGCAUGAGGAAUCUUACAGUAUGUACAGGCACAACGACUUGCCGCGGGAGCACGACAGCAACAUGUUCUUCUCCGCCGAGAUUGAGCUUCUGUGUGAUCAGGCAUGGGGCAGCAUGCUGGAGGUCCCUGCCGGCUCCAGGUUUAAUGUCACCGGGCUGGGAUACUUCCACUGCUUCUCCUAUAGUGUCACCAAAAACAACAACUACUACUUCUUUCUAAGGAUGGAUGAGAACUACAAUAUUGUUCCUCAUGGCGUUAACUUCCAGGACCCAAUCUUCCCCGACACAGCAGACAUACAUCACAUGUUUGCCAGCCUUUUCCAGUUUUCCAACUGUACUCCUGGUACUCAGGUCCACAGCUACACGCCGGAGUGGGAGGCUCAAGAGGACAGCAGGCUGUUGUGCUCUGCAGUGCAGAAGGCUCUGUUUGAGGAAGAGGAGAGGGUUACGACACUCUCCCAGCAGGUGCGUUCCUUGGAGAAAGCCAAUGAUCAUCUUAGGGAAAAAGUGAAGACAAUGAAACGUCUGCUACGCCAGGCCCAACGAGAAACAACCAAAGAGCAAAACACCAUCGGCCUCAAACAGCUCUUCGAGUCAAAGAUGCCCCAAACUCACCAAGAUCAGGACACUACACAGGACCAAAAGAAGCCGCCACUUAAAAAAGUCCUCUCCAGAAAUCUAAAAAACUAGAGCUUUUGAAUUUUGUUGUAUAUAAACCAAAUUAAUUCACAUGAGGCGUCGACAUCAGACAACUGAAACAAGUGUAUAUGAGAAUGGGAGAAGAGACAGAUGACAGCAGCAAUGAUUCAGAAUCAGAAUAAUCGAGGAGUUUUAGUGUAUUUAUUUCAUAGAUCAAAUGUUCUUAUCCUGAAAUAGAAAAACAACUGAAAAAAGAACAAACCCUAAAAUAUUAAAACAAUAACAUGAGCAGGCCUACAAAAACAGGAAAUGUUGCACUAAAUCAUGAACAGUAGGGACAUAAUAUCUGUGUCUCUGCAGAGCAUACAGUAUGCAGUCAGUAAACUCUUGUCAUAUAUCAGCAGAAUACACAGGUACUUAAGGGAUGGAGUAAAGGGGGGAUUGGACACUAAGUGAUAGCAGAUGUUUCUUAUUAUUUCCCUUUGAAGGUAAAAAAAACUAUCCAGGUGUAUUAAACUCCCUUCAGGCAUUCCUGAGUUAUUGCGUCACAAGAAUGUGACAGCCAGAAAAUAGGUUUUCUGGGACAUGAUGAUGUGGAAGUGAGGUGGACUAAUUGGUCACUUCAUCAUGUAUACUUAACAAGAUGAAUGAGAUAUUGUCAUUAUAGGAAAAUAAAUGUGUGAGUUAUGUAGGAUACAUAAACAUAUUUUACAAGGAUACGUCGACCUUGAACUUUGACUUGUGGCCGCGAAAAUUCUCAUCAGUUUAUUAAUUGUGUCCCAGUUUGACCAAACAUUUGAAGACACUCUUUUUGAGCGUUACUGAAAAAUACAAGACUGGUGUGAAAAGAAUAAUGUACAGGUGACUCUGAAAAUGUAGUUUAUGGACAUGUCUGUUGGAACGUAGGCUUAAAAAACUUUACCCUUUAACAGACUUGACAAAAGACUGUUGUUUUCUAGUUACUGGUUAAAUUGACCUGUGCCAUUGAGACAGUAAACUACAAAGAGACCAUUCAUGCCUAUUUACAUUUUUAGCCCCAUAGCCCAAAGCACUGUGUGUGUGUGUGUGUGUGUGUGUGUGUGUUGAACUGCCUCCAGUGUAAAAAGGAUUUAAAUCAGGGGUGCCCAACCUUUUUUGAACCAAGAUCUACUUUUAAAGUUGCCAGUCUGCCGAGAUCUACCAGUCCACAUA